AUGGUCAGCGUCACCGAGCUCUGCCCGUUGUCCCUGGAGAUCGUGACCCUGCCCUUGAGUGAUGGCGGUUUCGGGAGUUUCUCCAUGUUCUGGAUCCGCCAGAGACCCGGGCAGGGGCUGGAGUACGUCGCGGGGAUCAGGAGCAGUGGUGGCAACAUCGGCUACGCGCCAUCGGUCAAGGGCCGGUUCACGAUCUCCCGGGACAAUGGGCAGAGCUCGGUGACGCUGACCAUGACCGACCUCCGGGACGAGGAUUCCGGAUCCUAUUUCUGUGCCAAAUGUGUUGAUGGUGGCUGUGGUACCAGUUCUGGUGGUGCUGCUUAUGUUGCUGCUUUUGGUCGAGGCCCCAAGGCGCCACCCCUGGGAACUCAAAGUACCCGAAAUCUCCGACCAUUCCCUAAAAUCCCAACCAUUGUCCUCAAAUCUUGGCCAUUUUUUCCCAAAUCCCGCCACUCUUGCCCCAGCUAUCGAUAUUGUUCCCUUUUUGACCAUUUGACCCACACCUGCGCCGCUCCCCGGCCCCUGAUUGGCCGAGCUGGCCGUGACCAACCUCCAGGUAGAACAUUCUGGAUCCCCUUUCUGUGCCAGGCGCGCCGGCGGUUUUGCUGACUGGGCUGGUGCUGA